GUAAUACAUACACCUCCACCAAAACACAGGAGCAUUCGAUCAGACUACACAUGAACUAAGAUCUGGGUCAAUUUGAAGCUCAUGACAAAACUGAUCUAUCACUGGAUUUCACUUUCAAGAUUAGCACUUUUGGCUCUUGGGUCACCUGCGAGUUGAGACAUGAGGGUCCAAACAUUUUCAAGAGCACAGAUUCUGGAGGAAUUCACUCUUCGAUUCCAGUCUCUUGCUGCAAAUGACAAUCGCGGAUUUAAACUAGAAUUUGAGGAUUUAGAUGAGGUUGGCCAGAACUUACCCUCCAGAGCUGGGAAUACUGAGGCCAACCAGAACAAAAACAGAUACCCGUACAUAGUGCCAUAUGAUCAUUGUCGAGUGAGGCUGUCUGUGCAAAACCAAAAUCCAUAUUCAGACUACAUCAACGCAAGUUAUGUCCCUGGUGGAGGGACAGAGAGGGAUUUCAUCUGCACCCAGGGCCCGCUGCCGCACACUGUGGCGGACUUUUGGAGGAUGGUGUGGGAGCAGAAUGUCCAGAUCAUUGUCAUGGUGACGGCUUUGAGACACAAGGACAUAAUUCUGUGUGAGAAGUACUGGCCUCUUGAACCAGGAACAGCUCAACAUGGACGAAUACACGUGACCACAAUGAACCGCAAGCAAGGCCCAGACUGUGUCAUCACCACACUCAAAUUACAACAGAGGGAUUUUCCCACUGAUCGGACAGUCACACAUUACUAUUACUCAUCCUGGCCUGAUCUGGGUAUCCCAAAAGAACCAGCGUCGCUUUGCGCCUUCACUGAGCAUGUGCGUCAACACCUGGAGACCCUUCCUCGCCUGGGGCCAACGGUGGUGCACUGCAGUGCAGGUGUGGGGCGUUCAGGGACCUUUGUAGCUCUGUUGUGGCUCAUGCAGCUCUGUGCUCGUGGGAUCAGGCCUGAUGUCAGAGCUGCAGUGGAGGACCUCAGACUGCAUCGGAUGUGGAUGGUACAAAAACUGCAGCAGUAUAUAUUUGUAUACCAGUGCCUUCUCCAUUGGCUUAAUGCAAGAAUAGUAGGAUCUGCAUGGCUACAACUUCAGAGCCCCAGUCUCAACCCUAAUCAGUCCCAGCCUCAAAGCUCUGCACCAACAGGAAAUAAAGUGAGAAAAAAACACAGGCAACGCAGAAAGUCAACAUCAGAUCAAGAACAAUGCACAACACAUUUCCUACAUCCUUCAAACCUUUUAAGGAAGCUACUGCCAUCAUCAACCUUACCUAAGAAAGGCUCAAAAAUGUCUCCUACUUCACCAUCUAGGUGAGAAAAUGUCUGAUCUUAGGUCAUACUGGGACAAACUGGUCUGACAACAUGCAACUAAUGCUCUUGAGCUAAGUACUUAUGUUCAGACAAAAACCUGCCAAUCGGGACUAACUCGCUUUGGAAAGACUGAGAAUGAAGAGGUGUCAGCAAAUCCUUCAUGUAUAUAAAGACUCACCUCUAUAAACUAAAGAUAACCUGUGCAGCUAAGUAUAUGUAUAUGGUGUAUGAUUAUGCUUUGUGAGUCUAAAUAAAGUUUGUGUGGAGUUUUAUUUCA